AUGGCUGUGAAUAUGUUUGGAUAUAUUAUUCCUGUUUUAUCCUUGUUUGUUACUACAAUGAAUGUUCUUAUAAUUAUAGUUUUUGUCAAACGACAUAUGAGGUCACAUACAACAUUUAUUUUGACGUUAAUUGCGUGUGUGGAAAUAUUGAAUAUUGAUUGCCCGGCUAUUGUGUUUGCAUAUCUUUAUUUACGUGGAAGUUACAAACAUUAUUUAACAAGUGAGCAAAUUAAAUGGUCAUAUUUACUUGGAAAAAUUUGCGUGGAUAUGUUUAACAUGUGUUCAUUAUGGCUGACAGUUUUACUGGCUUUUAUACGUUAUAGAUGUAUCAGUUCACCUUUUGUUGCUAGGAAAGUACAUUCGCCAAGAAAAAUAAUAAUAUAUGUUGUAGUUAUAAUUGUGUUUGUGGGCUUGGUACAUGUACCGUCGUUUUAUCUAUUUGAAUUCCGGUCUGUGACAAAUGUUGAUCCAAUUUCAAAUUUGACUACCAUAGUAGGUGCUUUAAUAGAAAGAGAGGGUGUAUAUUUGAAAUCAUGUUCUGGAAGAAAAUUGCACAUUAUUGUGGAAACAUUAACCGAUUCUUUAAUACCAUCUGCUCUUCUUGUGUGCUGCAACAUCAAGUUACUGAUAACGUUGAGAAAGGCGAAGCAAAGCCGGUCGUCAUUGCGUCAUACAAACAAUGUGUGUUUUAAAAGCGAUGAGGAAAACAGUCAGAAGAAUAUAAAUACGGACGCCGAACCAAGUAAAAUCAAUAGCCGUGGUUCAACCAAUCAGACUUUGGGACUGAAAAAAGUUUUCCAUUUUAAUGAACGGUAUAUUCCAAACAUUUCACAACCACUUGUACAAAACAAUAAAUGUAAGACAAAUUCGAUGAAAGACAUUAAGGAGAGGAGAGAUACUCAGCAUAACUUCUAUACUUUCAAAAGCAGGCAUACUCAUGCAAGUACUUCAAGUGAUCAUAGUUUAGAUAAACUGGAUAGAGAAAGCGAAAGGACGUCUUUGCUUAUUCUUCUUGUCUCAACCAUUAUUCUUGUACACGAAUGUCCUCUUGCCAUUGUAAAUACGUACACUUUAGCAAACUAUUCUGAUAAACCAUUACCAUUGUCUAAAGGAUGUUUCUCUAUAGUUGUUUUGUUAUGGCAGUUUAUAACCUAUCCAGCUAUAUUUCUAAUUUACUCGUGUAUGUGUAAAGCAUUUCGUAAGGAGCUAUGGAAGAUACUUACUUGUCUUUGCAGACGUGAAAAACGUGGACAGUCGAACAUGCGGAAACCAUUUCCGUGUCCAUGUUCUGUAAGGAAAAGAAUCCCUAGAGACGGUCAGACUUCUCCUAGACCGCUACAUGAAAAUGUUCAAGACCGUGAUAAUUGCUCCGACAAAGGCAACGAUUUGUUGACUUAA